UUCUCAAGUCGUCGAAGGUCAGUGCUCGUCCUCUCUAAGUAAAGUAGUUGCAGAUCUUUCCGACAAGUGAAAUUUCUUGCUUUCCGUUUGAUUUUCUUGUCGGUCGCCCAGAAAUUGCAGGAAAACGUGGCGAAAUUCUCAGAUGGCGGAGGGAUCUAGGCAAUCGCAUUACGUAAAGCUGACAAAGGACCAAGCGCCUUCGGAGGAUAUAAAGCCUGGAGAGCUUAACCUGCCUAUUGAGGUUCCACAGUUGGAUGUUCGCAAAUGUCACGAAUGUGGGCAACCUCUUCCUGAAAGCUUUGAGCCUCCUGCAGAUGAAAAUUGGACAACUGGAAUAUUUGGUUGUGCUGAAGACAGCGAAAGUUGCUGGACUGGACUAUUUUGCCCUUGUGUCCUGUUCGGUCGCAAUGUUGAGAGCUUGAGAGAGGACACUCCUUGGACCUCUCCAUGCAUCUGUCAUGCCAUUUUCGUGGAAGGUGGCAUUGCACUAGCAGUAGCUACAGCGGCGUUCCAUGGCAUUGACCCUCAUACGUCAUUUCUCAUUGGUGAGGGCUUAGUAUUUGCUUGGUGGAUGUGUGGCAUUUACACCGGCCUUGUUCGCCAAUCACUGCAGAAGAAAUAUCAUUUGAAGAAUGCCCCGUGCGAUCCAUGCUUGGUGCAUUGCUGCAUGCACUGGUGCGCUGUGUGUCAGGAGCACAGGGAGAUGAAAGGUCGACUCUCGGAAAAUGUCGUCAUGCCAAUGACUAUCGUAAAUCCUCCCCCUGUUCAAGAGAUGAGCUCCACGAGUGAAGCCCAUGAUUCUGCACCACCUUCUGCAGACAACGGCGAGCACACAAAAUUGGAAAUGCAGCCUUUAUAGCAGACUUAAAUAUCCACAUAUGGAGAGAAUGUGAAUAAUCACCGGCGGGGCGUCGAUUUGGUGGUAUAUGUGGUCGCGAUCUUCCUUCUUUGUGCUCAUUUAAGAUUUUGAUGACUUUGAUUUUAGGAUUCCAUGUGAUCUUAUGGUGCAAAUGGGACAAUUUAUACAUCUAUACACAGAUUAUAUAUCAUUUUGAAAA